AUGGCAUCCAGUGUCUGUGACAGCUGUAAGCGGCGUAAAGUCAAAUGUGAUCUCAGUGAUCCCUGUUCCAACUGUCGUAUCUCGCAGCUACACUGCCAAUACACCGCCGUCCCUAGCAAGCGCGGCCGCAAGAGGCGGCCUCCGCGGAACCAGGACAGAGACACCCAGAUAGAGCCAGCCGGCCUUGGUGACAUCGGAAUUUCCCAGAGAGAAGCUCCACGAACCCCCUCGGUCCGUGAGCUGCAGCUCCCAUCCUUUCCACGUACACUUCGUGUCAUCCCGGAGCCUCCGUUCACGGUGCCAGUGAGCUUCUCAAGUGAACCAGAAGGAGUAUUUUCCAAUUUGGUUGCGGAUGUUGCGGCUAUCGCGCCCAACGAUGAGAUUGCAGCAAUUGUCCACCGAUGCCUUGACUUGUUUGUGCAGUACCUGUUUCCAACCUGCCCUAUCAUCCACGAGUCUACUUUUCGGUCCUUGGCGGCUCUCUAUUUUACCAGGGGUCAUUCAACUCCUGGCUCCAGUGUAUCCCUGCAACCCCCGGAACUCACAGAAACGAUACACAAGAAGGAAUUUGCCCUCAUCACAGGGCUCUGUGCGGCUGUAGCCUCUGUAAUGCCAGAGUUUCUCAUGCCACAUCAACAUCUACUAACGCAGAGUUUCUUGAAUGCGUCCCGUAUCAUGCUACGCAUGUACUGCGAUUACGAUCUCGAGUACCCGGAUUCUUCCUCCUUGUUGAUUCGUCUAUGGCAUUCUGCUGCUCUUCAAAACUCGACAGGGAAAGCAGGUGCUGCUUGGCAUGCCUUGGGUGAAGCCACUUUACUCGCCCAGAAACUGCGGCUGUAUGAAGAGUCGUCUUUAAGUCGGUUUUCUCCGAUAGAGUCUCAAACGCUGCGUGCUACCUUCUGGCAGCUUUUUGCCGCCGACAAAUCAGCCGCCGCUUUUGAAGACCGUCCUAUUGUUCUUCAUCCAUUGUUAUUCUAUGGUGACUUGACCCUUCAGGACAUCGGAAACCAAAACAUACCCCUUCUUGAUGUCCGUCAGGACCACUGUCAGUUUGGCUUCGAAGACCGUCUUCUGGCUGGGUUUAGACUCAAGUGUAGGGUCUGGUCCUUAGGUGGGGAUUUAAUUCAGCAGAUAAAGUUGUAUUCUCGACAGAAGACCGAUGGCCUGGAUGCGAAGGUUGAAUUGGCACGCCUGACCGAGACAUACCUGCGUUUCACAGGUCUCAUAGAUGAUCUUCCGCAGUGGCUUCAGUCCUUUGAGGCUGAUCCCAAUGCUUCGGAAACGGACACGUUUGCGUAUCAGCGGUCUUCCUUCUGGGUUCAAAGAAGCAACAUUCUGACGAGCUACCACUGCCUGGAGCUCCUGGUGCUGCAGAGGUGUAUCAAAUAUGGUACCCUCGAGGAUAUGGGACUAAGCAGCCAGCUUCUUUCAGUCUCGACGCGGAAGCUAGAAAUUGUCCGCGAUUUUGUCCGUGAGCUUCAUAUGGCACCAUUUGUUUGUCUCAAGGUUCAAGGGGAAGCAUCUGUGGAGCGAAUUCGUCACAUCGGUAGUGCUGUUCUUGAAAUUACUGAAACGGUGGAUGACAAUAACGUAAAAGAGCGCGCAAACGUGCUUUUCAAGAAGCUAUUAGAUUUCCUGGCCAGGCUCAACUCUAAAGCGUCUGAUGAGCUCGCUAGUAGCCAACCACAUCCAGCUAUCCGCUAG